AGUGAUAUGAACCAUUUGACAUUCAGUUGUUUAAAUCCAUUCUACAUGAAGGUUCGCUAUGAUUGCUAACAGAAGAGAACUUAUAGUGAAUGUCGUUGACGAGCCGGCCACCUACAGUGAUGCGGUCGCAACGUCUUCAGAUGAGGAGAACCAGUGCAGUGAUACCGACCUCAAGCACACGAUACUAAAUCCAAGUGCGUUGAAGAAAACGGCUACGUUUCAGAGCCACGCCAAUAGAAAAGAUCACGAAGACUUCUUCAGAGCCAGUUUGGAAGUGUUAUUGAAAGAAGCUGUGUUCGAGGGAACCGACAGAGGAAAUAAAGUGUUGAAUUUCCAAAAUCCUGAACAUCUUUUUAAAAUAUUCGAUUUUCAAUUACGGAAAUCCCCGUCCACUCACGCAGACUUGUUAAAAAUCGUUAAAGAUGUCGUCUUGUAUUCUGUUAAGACCGGACAUCCUUACUUUGUUAAUCAGCUGUUUUCUUCAUUGGAUCCUUAUGGUCUUGUUGGACAGUGGUUGACAGAUGCUUUGAAUCCCAGUGUAUAUACGUAUGAAGUUUCACCUGUGUUUACUUUGAUGGAAGAAACUGUAUUGAUGGAGAUGAGGAAAAUAGUUGGGUUUAAAGAUGGUGAAGGUGAUGGAAUAUUUUGUCCUGGAGGAUCUAUGGCAAAUGGAUAUGCCAUCAACUGUGCUCGGUAUAAAUUUAUGCCUUCCAUUAAGAAAAAGGGAAUUUCGUCUCUUCCCCGCCUCGUCCUCUUCUCUUCGGAUCAAAGUCACUACUCGAUAACAAAACUUUCAUCAUUCCUGGGUAUUGGAUCAGACAAUGUAUAUUCCAUCAGAUCAGACAAAAGAGGUAAGCUUGACGUUGGACACUUAAGAGAGGAAAUUAAAAGGGCGAUAGAAGAGAAAGCGGUACCAUUUAUGGUGAGUGCUACAGCCGGUACCACUGUACUGGGAGCCUUCGAUCCUCUUGAUCAAAUAGCGGACCUUUGUGAAGAAUACAAGCUAUGGCUACAUGUAGAUGCAGCUUGGGGAGGUGGUGCACUGAUGUCAAAGAAACAUAGAUCUUUAAUGUACGGUAUUGAAAGGGCCGAUUCAGUUACGUGGAAUCCACACAAACUGCUUGCUGCUCCACAACAAUGUUCCACAUUACUAAUCCGUCAUAAAGGAAUUUUGGCUGAAGCAAAUGGUACUCAAGCAGCUUAUCUAUUCCAAAAAGAUAAAUUUUAUGAUACAAGAUAUGAUACAGGUGACAAACAUGUUCAGUGUGGUAGAAGAGUGGACGUCCUAAAAUUUUGGUUUAUGUGGAAAGCCAAAGGAACCAGUGGUUUCGAAAAGCACAUAGACAAAGUUUUCGAAAAUUCUAAGUACUUCCUUGAAUGCAUCAAAAACAGAGAAGGUUUCGAACUACUUUUAGAUGAUCCAGAAUGUACAAACGUAUGCUUCUGGUACGUUCCUCCGAGUUUAAGGACCUUGGACAAGACAGAUCCCAGCUACAAAGAAAAGUUACAUAAGGUGGCACCCAAAAUUAAAGAACGGAUGAUGAAAGAAGGUUCGAUGAUGAUUACCUAUCAGGCACAAAAGGAACAUCCAAAUUUCUUUAGGAUAGUAUUUCAGAGUUCGGGUUUAGAAAAAGCUGAUAUGUGUUAUUUCAUCGAACAGAUAGAAAAGAUGGGCGGAGAUCUCUAGUAUUUUAUCGAAAUCUAUUUAUUGCUUGUAUUAUAUGUAUAUUUAAAGUAGAUUUAGAACACAAAAUAAAAGUUUAGUGAUA